AUGUCUACUCCUCCGGACUACUACCAAGAGGAUAAGGAGAAAGCCCUCGGGUCGGUUGAAGAUGAAGUCGUGGACGCCGAGGCAGCACCAGAACGUGUGAUCCCAAGUCGUUUCGGUACACUCGGUCCAGUUCUCUCGAAACUCUUUGCUAGCGGUGUCGAGGCCCGUGGAGUAGAGCGCGUGCCAGAAGACCAGAGAGAAUCGAAGAAUGCAUGGAACAACCUUCUCAUGUGGUGGUCCGUUAACGCGGUGUUGACGACCAUUCCUAUCGGCGUUCUCGCACAGUCUGCUUUCACUCUGAGUUUUGGUAACGCUGUAGCAACUAUCCUCUGCUUCGGAGCUCUCGGAGGCGUCGCAACAGCGUUCAUCGCCACCCUCGGCCCCAUAACGGGCCUCCGCACAAUGAUCAUCACCCGUUUCAGCUCAGGGUACUUCGGCGGAACCAUCUAUUCGAUCCUCAACAUCCUCACCCAGCUCGGCUUUUCCACAACAGCAGUCAUCCUCGGAGGUCAAACGCUCGCCAACAUCAACCCUGGCACCCUUCCUCUCGUCGUUGGCAUCAUUAUCAUCGGCGUGUGCUGCCUCAUUCCGUGCUUUAUCGGAUAUGAUAUGGUACACGUUUACGAGCGCUAUGCAUGGAUCGUCACCAGUGUCAUCAUGCUCUUCCUCUGGGGUCUUGGCGGUAAAGCCGGAUACGACAUUAACGCGCAAAAACCGUUCGAGGAUACAGGACGCGCUCUCUCGGCUGAUAUUCUCAGCUUUGGAGGAAUCGUAUUCGGCUCGUUCUCAGGGUGGGCUCCGGUUGCAGCUGAUUAUAAUUGCCGACUACCGGCUGAUACACCGCCCAUGCGCGUAUUCCUGCUCACGUUUCUUGGCCUCUUCAUCCCGAUCUGCUUCGUCGAGAUCCUUGGCGCAGCUCUCAUGACAAUCACCGAUCCUGCGUAUAUCGCAGCCUACGCAGACGGCUCUACAGGUGGUCUCAUCGCACAAGUUCUUUCACCAUGGGGCCACUUUGGCCAAUUCAUUCUUGUACUACUCGCACUUUCCGUCAUUGCAAACAACAUCCCUAACACCUAUUCCACCGGUCUAUCCAUCCAAGCCCUGGGACGCCCAUUCGCCAUGGUUCCGCGCUUCUUCUGGGUUUUCCUCGCUUUUGUCAUAUAUACCGUAGCAGGUGUUGCUGGGCGCGAGCAUUUCAGCGCCAUCCUUUCCAAUUUCCUUAGUAUUCUGAGUUACUGGACUGCGUUCUUUAUCGUUAUCGUUGCCGAGGAACACUUUAUCUUCAGGCGGAAAAACGGGCCGCUUGGAGGGUAUAACUUGGAUGAUUAUGAUACACCGUCGAAGUUGCCGCUGGGCGUAGCUGGUAUACUUGCAUGGUGCUUUGGUGUCACAGGUGCUGUCGUCGGGAUGUCAGAGGUAUGGUAUACUGGUCCGCUUGGGAAGAUGGCAGGAGCGACGUACGGUGCUGAUCUCGGGUUCGAGCUCGCAGCUGCUUUCUCGGCUGUUACUUACCCUCCGUUGCGUGCGCUUGAGAUUAAGCUUACUGGACGAUGA